AUGUCCGGGCGGUUUGUGCGUUCAUCCAAGUAUCGCCACGUCUUCGGGCGUUCGACACGAAAGGAACAAUGCUACGAUAAUCUUCGAAUCUCACGAAAUGCCUGGGAUACCAAUCUGGUCAAGGUCAACCCUAAGCACCUGGCAGUCAAUUGGGAAGCUGGUGGUGGUGGAGCUUUCGCUGUCAUUCCCCUUGAGGAACGAGGCAAGCUACCGGAGCGCAUUCCUCUAUUCCGGGGGCACACCGCUGUUGUUCUCGACACCGACUGGAAUCCCUUCAACGAUGAUCUGAUUUCUUCGGGUUCCGACGACGGAAAGGUCUUCCUCUGGCGGGUUCCAGACAACUUCACCGUUCGCCCCGACCUCGACGCCGAUGAUAUUCAGGAUAUUGCGCCUGUUGGAAAGCUAAGCGGUCACUCCAAGAAGGUCGGCCACGUGCUCUUCAACCCCGCGGCGGAAAACGUGCUGGCAACGGCCUCGGGCGAUUAUACUGUGAAAAUUUGGGAUAUUGAGGCGGGUGCACCGAAACUGACCCUGAAUGUUGGCGACAUUGUGCAGUCGCAGUCGUGGAGCGCCAACGGUUCCUUGCUGGUUACCACCUCGCGCGACAAGAAGCUCCGUAUUUGGGAUGUUCGUCAGGAGCGCCCAGCACAUGAAACUGCCGGGCACUCUGGAGCCAAGAACAGCCGUGCUGUCUGGCUCGGUGAGCGCGACCGGAUCGCGACCACUGGUUUCUCUAAGAUGAGUGAUCGUCAGCUGGCUCUGUGGGAUAUCCGUGCGGUCCGGGAGCCCAUCAACGGCUUCAAGACCCUGGACUCCAUCUCCGGUGUCUGCAUGCCAUUCUGGGAUGAUAGCAACAGCAUGCUGUACCUGGCUGGACGCGGUGACGGAAACAUCCGCUACUUCGAAAUCGAAAACGAUAAGUUCGAGUUCCUCUCGGAGUACAAGUCCGCCGAUCCUCAGCGUGGUGUCGCAUUCAUGCCCAAGCGUGGUAUUAACAUGCACGAUAACGAAAUCGCUCGCGCCUUCAAGACUGUCAACGAUGGCUACAUUGAGCCCGUCUCCUUCAUCGUCCCCCGCCGGUCCGAGACCUUCCAAGAAGAUAUCUACCCACCCACAGUUGGCUUGACCCCUGCAAUGGGACCUUCUGAAUGGUUCGGUGGAAAGGAGGCGAUCCCUCCUAAGAUCUCUAUGGAAAGCCUGUUUGACGGAAACGGUCUCGAGGAAGUUGAGGGUGUGCAAGAGAAGCCUACUGGAACUAUCGAUGCCCCGGCUCCCAAGCCCGCCGAGCCAGAGGUCAAGAAGCCUGAACCUGUUGCCCCGAAAGCCGCCCCUGCUCCUGAGCCUACCCCAGAACCCACACGUGUGUCCCGCCCCGCCCCAUCCAUGAAGGAGCAGGGUGGAGCCAUGUCGGCAAUGGUGAACAAGUUUGCCGAUGACGAGGAGGCUACUCCUGCCGAUGAUGAAGACUCCAGCUUUGACGAGGUUCCCAAGCCUGUUGAACGUGCCACACGCUCUCCCGUCACUGUCGAGCCGUCGUCCCCAAGGGUUAGCAGCCCCUUGCGUCCCAAGGAGGUGGAGACCAAGCCGCAGCCUGCUGCUGCCCCCGCUCCCAUCCAGACCCCGGUUCCCACAUCUCCUGCUAGCGAGACAAGUGUGCCCACCGCUACUGUCUCCAAGGAAAUCGAGGAGAUUAAGAACCUGAUUGCCGAGCAGACCAAGAUCAUUGCCACACAAGCUGAGCAGAUGCAAACUUUGACUGCUGAGAUUGAGGCGCUCAAGACCAAGCUGAACUAA